UAAAAUGUGACAUUUAAUUUUAAAUUGUUUUCGAUUCUCGUGUUAUAAAAAGUUGCAGUGAUUAUUUUCGUAAUAUUUCAUUUGCUAACUUUCAACUAAACCAAAAGUUAACAAAGCAUCUUAUUUUGUGUGUUGUUGAAUUUCAAGAUUUUAUUCAAAAUGAGUCUUAGAAGAGCCGACCAGUCAGGAUCAGACAGCGGAAGAGAGAAAAACAUAACGAGAUUAAAUGGGUUUCUAAAUUUGAAAACCCCUCUCAUAACUACGAAAACUCUAGGAGCACAGCUUGAGACGACAUCUACUAGUUCGCCGCAAGCCAAGUCUCCAGCGGGCAGCAGUGCGGGCCCGGUCGCCAGCGCAUCCACCGCGCCCGGGGAACGCACACCCACCGCACACAACAAGCAGCUGCAAAAUGUCAAGGGCCAAGACCAUCCGCCGCAUCCUUCCAUGGCGUUCCUGCAGAACCGUUCCAUCUCGCUGGUGGACAUGUACAUCGAUAACUCGGAGCCGUCAGAGAACGUCGGACAGAUCCACUUCUCCCUCGAAUACGACUUCCAAAACACAACUCUGAUAUUGAAGAUCAUACAGGGCAAAGAGCUGCCCGCUAAGGACCUGAGUGGCACCUCAGACCCGUACGUGCGGGUGACCCUGCUGCCAGACAAGAAGCACCGGCUGGAGACGAAGAUUAAGCGGCGGACACUGAAUCCGCGCUGGAACGAAACCUUCUACUUCGAGGGUUUCCCCAUACAGAAACUGCAAAGCCGGGUUCUACACCUGCACGUGUUUGACUACGAUCGCUUCUCCAGAGAUGAUUCCAUUGGAGAGGUCUUCUUACCGCUUUGCCAGGUGGAUUUCAGUGAGAAGCCAUCAUUCUGGAAAGCACUGAAACCCCCCGCCAAGGAUAAGUGCGGGGAGCUGCUGACGUCACUCUGCUAUCACCCCAGCAACAGCGUGCUCACGCUCACGUUGCUCAAGGCGAGGAACCUCAAAGCCAAGGAUAUUAAUGGAAAGUCAGAUCCGUACGUUAAAGUUUGGUUGCAAUUCGGUGACAAGCGCAUAGAGAAGCGUAAGACUGCGAUUUUUAAAUGCACAUUGAACCCGGUCUUCAACGACUCCUUCUCUUUCAACGUGCCGUGGGAGAAGAUCAGGGAAUGCUCCCUCGACGUCCAAGUUAUGGACUUUGAUAACAUCGGACGCAAUGAACUAAUUGGAAGAAUACUCUUGGCCGGUAAAAACGGUUCCGGCGCCACGGAGACGAAACAUUGGCAGGACAUGAUCACAAAACCGCGGCAGACCAUCGUGCAGUGGCAUCGCCUCAAACCUGAAUAAACGCAUUGUUGAAACAUAAAAAUAAAUAAAUUUUAUACCGGAGAAAGUUGAUACAAAACGUCAUAAGACUGAAUGGUUAACAAAAAAAAAUCUAAAACGCCUCGGAAAAAAAAUAUCUUCUUCAGUCACUCGUGAUUUCUAACCGUGGAUUUUCACUGCCGAAAGGCCUGCACAAAAACAUCUAGCUAUCUCUGUUAUUCUCAUAGAGAAUGAAUGUGAUGAUAAUAUGUUUUUAUACAUGUUUCAGCAGUUAAAACCCACGGUAACGCUGUGCACAAGUUCUUUCGUUAUCUCCAUGACUUCGACACUUUCUUGACACUGCAACCUGAAAGCACAGUAUUCUUUUUACCUAUGUUUCUUAAUAUAUUUAU